AUGGGGGUUUGUACUCUUUAUGUUAUUGUCUGUGUUUUGCUUAUUUUGUAUAUGGUUGAUAAUGGGCGUAGUGAGAGUGGUUUAGGUGGUAAUGAUGGAAUAUUAUACCAAGGUGAAGGCAAUGGUGUUUAUGUAAGAGAUGGUUCUGGUAAAGGUAGAUAUUUAAAAACGAUGAUUACUAGUGAAACAAAUGGUGAGAGUAAACUAAUCAACAAAGGAGGAAUUGGAGCAAAUCUCAACAAAGCGAUUGUUGACAUGGGUGGCAUAAGUGGUGGUGCUCUUGGUGGAUUUGAAGCAUGCGCUGCUAUAGGUGGAGGUAUUGAGGGUGGUUUUGGUGGUGGAGACGGCGAAUUUGGGGGUGAUAUUCAUGGUAGUUGGGGUCUAAGUGUUGGUGGAGGUAUUGACAUACCUGGGGGUAUUGGUAAAGAAUUUGUUUUAAAAAAUGAGCUUAAAGGUGAUGGUGGUAGUGGUAUAAGUGAAGGCUUUAGAGCUGGUAUUGGACAGGAUUUUGGAGAUAAAGUUGGUAAUGUAAUCAAUGGGGGUGUUGGAGGUGGUAUAGGCACAGAUUUUGGUAAUGGUGGAAGUUUAGGAGACAAAGUAGUUGAUGAUAUUGGAGGAGGUAUUAGGGGAGGUGGUGGAGGAGGUAUUGGGUUUGGUUUUGGAGGUGGAAGUGGAGACGGUGGAGUCGGGUUAGGGGGUGGGUUUGGAGGUGGUGUUGGCACUGAUUUUGGUAAUGGUGGAAGUUUAGGAGACAAAGUAGGUGAUGAUAUUGGAAGAGGCAUUAGUGGAGGUGGUGGAGGAGGUAUUGGGUUUGGUUUUGGAGGUGGGAGUGGAGGCGGCUUAGGGGGUGGGUUUGGAGGUGGUGUAGGUGAUGAUAUUGGAGGAGGUAUUAGUGGAGGUGGCAGUGGAGGAGGAGGAGGAGGUAUUGGGUUUGGUUUUGGAGGUGGUGACGGUUAUGGUAAUGGUAAUGGUAGAGGCUUUGGAGGGAGAAGUGGUGGGUUUGGAAGUGGCUCUGGUGGAGGUGGUAAUUGUGGUGGUCUUGGAGGUGGUAGUUUUGGUAAAGGUGGUGGAAUAAGUAGUCGGAUUGGAGGUGGGUAUGGAGAUAAUGAUAUAGGGGGAGAGUUGGGGGAUGGACUUGUAGAUAGGAUUGGUGGUGGGGGUGGUUUUGGAGGUGGAUUUGGUGGGGGCAUUGGAGGUGGAGCAAUUGGUGGUGGUGGAGGGAAUGGAGGUGGUUUACCAGAUUUCGGCGGUGGAUUAGGUCGUGGUGGUUUUGGAUUGGGUAUGAAUGAAGGCACUGGAAGUGGUGCUGAAAGUAAUACUGGUUUCGGAGGUGGUUUAUGA